AUGUUUUCUCUUCGCACCACCACAGCAACGGAUAUGGCUAACGUUAUUGUGAAUGAAGUCAUUUGUCGAUAUGGAUGCCCCAAAUUUAUUUUAUUAGGUCGAGAUCUACGUAUACCCAUGGAUGUUAUUCUCGGCGUUCACACUACCGGAUCUCCAAAGCUCCCUGCAUUGGGGCUGAGCACAACCAAUACAAUACAAAUCGGCUUACUGAAUCAAGCAGUGGGAGGAAUCAAUACCGAACUAAAACUGAUAGCAGAACAAUUGAAAUCAGGUUCAGCCCGUUUGACUCACAUGGAACAAGGGCAAGCGAGACUAGGAGCAGAAUUAAAGAAAACUGAAGAAAUGUACAACAAAACAGUAACAAUUGUUAGCGAACUUCCGACUGACUAUAAAUAUCUCAAUGAUAAAAUCAAUUAUGUGAAACAGGAAACGGAUCACAGAAUCGAUAAACUAGAACGACGAAUGGAAGGUAUGUUCCUUUAUACAGUCAUGAAUAAUAUACUUCACAAUCAAUUCUCACUUGGAUUUCUUGCUCCAGAAGAUAUAACUUUGGCAAUCCAAGACGUAAUACAGAGGGAAAAUCCAACUUUUGGUCCGGCUGCUAGACAACUAGCUUUAUCUGUCUAUGUAACACAGUUAAUAAUUCAACAACACGUCGAGUUUGUUCCCGCAGUCUUCUACCUGCGGGAUCCUGAUGAAGGAUCCAUUAUAUUUUUGUAUCUUAAUUAA